UCAACUUGCGCUUGAUAAUGCUGCCUUAACUCUAUCAGUUGUGAAAUCGAAUCAUCUGCCAUCUGAAAUGGCGAGGGUUGUUGUGUAGUAGGAAUUUUGCCAAUUUUCGGCGUAGAAUGGAGAUCUGCUGUUAAAGCUUGCAUCUUUUGCUGAUUGUGUUGCAUCUGUGCAUCCAGCUCAGCUUUGUGAUGUAGUCGCUGAAGUUCCAACUCAAAUUCCUCUUUGUUACGUCUAAGCAACAGCUCAAAGUUUUCCUUCACUUUCUUUCUUAGGGCUUGGAUUUUCUUUAGUUCUGCUGCUGCGGAAUCUUCAUCAUUUAUAUCAGCUGGAGGCUCUCUGAACAUGGCUUGUGUAGUAACAUCCAGCUCAUCAUCAACAUAUGAAUGCACACUAGCUCUAUCUUCUUCUUUUUCUUGCAGCCAGGCUAGAGCUUCGUGACGCACAUCGUGAAUGUUCAUUAUAAUAAGUCUCUCAUAAGCAUCAGACUCUUCUCUGUCGAUGUCAUCAGUGAGCCAAGAAUGAUAACAUUUAUGUACCUCCUGAAGAUGUGCAAGGGCUAAGUCGAGGCUCUCUAGCACUGACUUCAAUUCUUCUGGCUUGUUUUCUCUAAUUUUUUCGUUCGCUGACGUCAUCAUCUUAGUUACGGCUGCUUUAGCUUGUCCUCUCUUCCUCUUUAGCGCAGCAAUGUCUAUUUCUCCCGCGGAUUCUUUAGUUUCAGACAUGAUGCCACCGUGUUUAACUUUAUGUUACAAAGAACAUAAGGUAGUCGUUGUUUUUGUUGUUAUUUUAUUGCCCCGUGCUUUUACACGGACAUGCCGGUUAAACUGUAAAUAAAAAAUAAAACAAUACAUCAAUAUUUAGUAACAUAACGAGAACUAAUCUUCGACAGCUCACAACAUUGAUGUAACUCACCACGUUGGGCAACACUCAUAAACGUCGAUUAAAUAUCCGUUUGUAGUCAAUAAUACCGUUAGCUGCAGCUAACGGCGAUCUCUGUGCCGUUGCUUUUCUGCCGUAAAUUUCUUCUCUCACUUAACUGACGCGAAGCAACUACAGCGCCCUCUAACGGAACGGAGAAGGAGUGAAUCCAACAAUUACGUAUCUUUAAACUUUAAUUUAGGGGAAAUCUGUAACGGUGCUGGGGCAACAGGGGAAACAGAUCAGUUCGGUUUCAAAAAAAAUUUGAAACGUUGGGCAAAUUUGCUUUAACAGAAUAGUUAACUUCUUAAAUAAAAGUAAUUUAUAAUGGCAAUACUUUGAAGUAAAUCAAUCAGAGGAUUUGUGUCCAGUAUCAGCCAUCCUGGUAGGAGGUAAGAAGUCGGCAAAAAGGAGGCGAGAAAGGGCAUGAGAACUUCUUUAGGAACGGCGUCCAUAACGAUGGCAAAUUCCCUAUACUCGCUCAGACAGCUAUCGUGACGCAGUUUAGAAAAUCUGACAGGUAGCACAGAUCGUCAGAGCCGGUUGUCAUUAUGACGCAAUAAAUGUUGGUGACGUAGAAUUUCGAACAGUUUGUUCAGCAUUCUGUUAAGCAUUUCUCUCAUUUGAAACUGAGCGACCGCUUUAGGAAGACACGUUUAAAUCGUAAGAAAAAUCGAUAGUUUUACAGCGAGAAUGGAAAGGAAUCAGGUUUGUGAGGCUACAAUUUCAAAAGAAACAGAAGAACGUUUAUUGCAAAAGAUUUUAUACUUGGAGGAGAAAAACUGAAAACUUGAACAGCUUGAGUUUAAGAAAGAGGAGCAAGUACAUAGACACAAAUUGAUCAAAGACAAAUUUAAUACUGACAGAAAACAUACAAAUCUGCUUACAACACAACAAAAAUCGACUCAGACAGACAAUUUGGCAUCAGAAUUUAAACAACACACAAUGGACAAAUCCACACAGACACAAAUUGAGACUUCACCCGAAACACAAACUUUUAAAAGCAAACACCAGAAGGUCAAAAAUUCAAUCAAAAAUACCAUAGCUGAAAAAACAUCGCAGUGUGAAACAGCUACAUCUGAACGUAAGAGCUGGUGGAAUAUGUGUCUGGAUGGGCUGUUAUUUGCUGGAAAACACACCCUGCUGGGUGUUGUUCAGGCUGCGAUAACAGCAAAAGUGUUUGAUUUGGCAUACGAGUUCUAUAUGGAAAGAGAAGUUCCUUUCUAAGGAAUAAACUGCUGGUUUCAACAGUGGACUGGGGGAAGGAACUCAGGCAACUAGUGGACUUCCACAGCGUCACGAGGAAGGUAGGUUUCUGGAGACCAGGGGGAAAAAAAGAAUAUGUUUUUCCAGUAAUUAAAGAUAAUGGAAAUAUUCUAAUAAACAAUAAAAGUAAAGCUGAGUUAUUAGCUAAAGCAUUUGAAAAGAUACAUAGUACAUAGGAUUAUUUAGCUAAAUAAAGAAAAAAGAGGACGUUCAUAAUGAUGUUUAAGAGGAUUUUAUUGAAGUUUUUUUUGAUAGAGUUAAAUAAUACACUGAAGAAUUCCAGUAAAUCAAUUCCUUUACUCCAGUAAAUCAACAGCAACAUCAAUAAUAUUGACUUUAUUGAUAGUUUUCUAAAAAGAACAGGUAUUAUGGGGAGAUUAUAAUAGUUAAACGUCCUCCAAUCUGGAAGGUGGCAGUCAUGCACCUACAAGUUGUUUGUCAGCCGCCAUAAUAAAAGGAAAGAAGAAGAAGUGCGAGUUUUGGAAAAGGGAAGAAGAAUCCAAGUACUGCGCAUGUCAGAAAAGCUUGUUGUCAGCGGUGGUGAUGGAGAUGAGAUGGGAGUGCGAUCCUUCAUUAAUACGGUAAUGUUGCUGGUAAGAUGUCUCCAAACCCCCAGCAGAAGGUCUUCAUACGUCGAGCUGCGCGCUUACAACGAGUUGUGAAUAAAGACUCGCCACUGUUGGUCUUAAUCGCAUUUUAGCCGGUAAGUUUUCUGUACGUAAUGUCAGACAAGAUGACGUUUGCUGUGCUGUUAGAUUAAACAAUGUUGACACGUUUGAGUCAGCGAAAACGAGUCGUUUCUUGUGUUUAACAAUGUUAUCUAUAGCUAGUCUGUGUUGCCUUCAUGAAGAGAAAAUUCUGCAUGUAAAUGUCACGUAAACUGGUUUUGGUAUGCACCUGACAAGCUGGAGACUCUCCUGUCAACCCAAAAGUUGUCUCCCUUUUAUAUUUUCUAAUAUAUUUACACAAUUAUGAAAUUAGUUGAAAUGUGUUAAAUGUAAAAAUAUAACAUUUUAUCAGAUUAUUUGAGCCCAACAGCAUUGUUCAACCAGCUCUUACACGUUCAGCUUUACACUGUUUCUUUUGUUUAUAUUUUGGUAACUCCUGUGAACAACAAUUAAAAAAAAUAAUUUCUUAGUUUUUAUCAGAGGAAUGCCCAAGAAGACAGAAUUCACUACGGUCACCUCUUCAAGUCAUGAGGAUAAUUUUAGUGCCGAGGAGCUGAUGGUGCAUGCACCCACUGUCAGAGGCUGGAGAUCCAGCAGGCUAUGUUCGUAUCCUCAGCACCUCACCCUCCAACUGGCGGAGAGAUGUAGAAUAAGAAAGUUGCAGUUGCUGGCUCACCAGUACAUGAUCCCAGCCAAGGUUGAAUUUCAUGUUGGUGACUGCGUGCCUGAAGCCAGCCCUCCAGGCUUCUCUGGACAGUUUCACAGACUUGGGUAUGUGUCUUUAUCGGAUAACGAGAAGACCGGCUUCAAAGCGCGGGAGCUGAAGUCGGUCCACGUUGACGCCGUCGGGACAUAUCUGAGAAUAACCCUCCACAGGAACCAUGCAAACCGUUACAAUCGCUACAAUCAGGUUGCGCUGGUUGCCAUUAACGUUCUGGGAGAUCCUUUGGAUAGUAUCACACAUCCCACAGGGCCAAGCAGAGACCAGCUGAUUGAACUGUAUCCCAACAGUACCCAGCAAGAAGCUGCCCUGGACAUGACUUACAUGGGCAAAUGUUUAUCAAUCUCCCAAUUUGAUGAUUUGGCCUUCGACAUGUACCAGGAUCCGGAGGUCGCUCACAUCAUACGUCUCUUGGACCAAAAGAAGCAAGCCGUUGUCCGACAGGAGGACUUUGAGGAGGCUAAGAAGUUGAAGCAAGCCAUCGCAGACCUUCAGAAGGUUGGAGAGCGUUUGGCUCGAUAUGAUGUGGAGAAGAAAUGUGCGAUUGAAAAGGAGAACUAUGACCUGGCCAAGACGAAGAAGGAGCUCAUGGACGAGUACAGGAAGAGCGUCUACCAACAGUUGGAAGUUCACAACCUGCUGGACAUGACAAUGAUCACCAAGACCUCAAAUUUGUCCUCAGCCCAACGUCCUCCACCUCUUUUGCCUUCUCCUGCUGAUGGUUCAGCCCCCACCAAGCCCCCGUUGUCCACAAAUGUCAGUAGGAAGGGGAAGAAACUAAACGUUCAAAAUCAGCAAACAGUCACACAGUCUGCUGUACCCAAACCUAGCAGUCAGCCUGACAAAUCUGUCAGCCCUGCUUCCCUCCCUGCUGUUAACGUCAUCGGUGUGCCUUAUGACGAGAGGCCUCUGCCAGCACUUCAGCGAAAAGACAGGGCAGUGGAAAGCGUCCAGACGCCAUCAGCGGGGAACUCCCCUAAAUCUGACGUGCUAAGGUCUCCAUGUGGCACUGACCUGAGUGGAGAGCCAGAGCCCCUGACUGAGAAGGCUCUGAGAGAGGCUGGCCUUCCUAUUGAGGCCUUUGGAGAGAGUCUGGUGGCUGGUGCGUACUCUAAGACCUGGUGCUACAGAGAAGACGCACUGCUUACUGUGCACAACAAACUGCUGGAAGUAAGCGCCACAGCGCCCAAAGACGAGCUGAGAAACUUGAUAAGAGCGGCAGUCUUUCUGGUUAAGAAGGCCCUUCUGGAUAAAGUUUCAUCUGUUUUUCACGCCUCACUGAAGCUGCUCCAGUUGAUGCUGAGCCAGCUGAUCCCAGGUCUGGGCCUUGGCCGGGUCGAGGUGACCCACUGCUUGGAGCAGACCUUACCUAAUUUGCUGGCGAGGACGGGAGACUCUCCUAACCGUCUACGGGUGGCUGCCAUCGCCCUCAUACAGGAAAUUGCUGUUUUGAAGGAUGUCAGAGCCCUUCAGAUGAUCCCCAGUGAACUAGUGAAACCUUUCAAAUCCAACUUCCCCCCUCGUCUGGCUCAGAGUCGGGUUGAGCUGCUCGAGAAACUGCUUGUUGACCUGGGCAUAAACAACUCUGGCUUCACCCUAGAAAAUGUCAUCACGUUUUGUACAGCGGCUUUGGAGCAUAGUGCAAAAGGGGUUCGAGAGCUGGCAGUAAGCAUCAUCUUAUCCUUGUAUGAGCAGCACAGAGGAGAUGUUCUCAGCUACCUUCCGCCUAAUGAUGCUUCCACACAGAAGAACUUCCUCUACAAAACCCUGUUUGAUGGAUUUGGGAAGAUUGACGGAAAAACUGCGGAACUUCAGGGUUUGAAAACAGAUGUCAGACAGCAGCCUGGACAAAAGGAGAAGAAAGAGAUUCACUUCCUUCAAAAACAGCUGGCCGCCUUAAAAGACAUCACAGAAAGGGAGAGCGAAGGCACCACAGAUGAAACACCCAAUCAAGAACAAGGCAAAGCUGGAAAACAGUCCCCAAAAGGUGUCACAAAAGGGCACCAGAGUCAGACAGCUGACUGCGCCGACGUACAGGACUCCAUUGAGUAUCUGGAUAACAUGUGCAUUUUCUGUGGCAAAAAAGAUGAAUCGUUUACAGAGGAUGGAUUGGACCUUCACUACUGGAAACAGUGUCUGAUGCUGCAGCGCUGCGAUGAGUGUCGACAGGUAGUAGAGAUAGCCAGCCUCACAGAACACCUGCUGCGGGAAUGUGAAAACAGGUCCAAGUUCAGCCAGUGUCCACGCUGCUCAGAGGCCGUGCCCACUCAGGAUCUCACUGAUCAUGUUCAGGGUUCAAACUGUAACCUUGUUUCAGGUACUGUCUCCGCCUCCAACCACUGUCCUUUGUGUCACAACAACUUUCCACCUGGAGAGGAGGCCUGGAAGACUCACCUCAUGGGCAGAGAGGGCUGUAAGCAAAACUCACGCAGGACUGCGGUGUCCCAAAGAACCCAGCCAGCACAAGGUAGGGCUGCUGGAGGAAUAAAGCAGUCGUUGUUGGUCAGAGCCAGAACCAGAACUGGGCCCGGGGGCAGAGGCAGCCGGAUCCCAUCCCUGACACCCAUGGCGAGGAGAAACGCUGCAGGAAAGCGCUGAAGCUGGUCGCUCCCAAACUCCAUCAUCCAAAGACAGUAUAUAACCAGAAGAAACAACUCCCCCUGCCCUCUCAUUUGAGAGCUAUUGACAAAGGGUGUGCACUCAAGUAGGUGGACACAAAACUGUGAUUCACCAUUAAGUCGAUCUAGUUCAGCCUGUUGGGUUUGAAACAAAAGCUUAUUUUGUGUAAGAAUAUCGGCUGACUCGCUGUCCUGUCCGGAAGUGAAACCUCUACCAGUAAACACCUGUGAGGCCAGUAAAUAUGAGCGCACUGUGUGCUUGUAAGUGAUACGCCCCUACAAGGCUUCUCAUCUCCUACAGUAUUAUAUUUGUCAAUGCUGUUCAAAGCCUUUAUAUGUUGCUUAAAGGGAAGUCUCACCAUUCCUUACUGUGGAACUAUCAAUAAUUUUAAUCAUAAAGAUCACAUUGGAAAAUGAAGCCAUGUUGAGGGUAUGCUGAUUUAUAUUCCCAGCGACUGGUUAAAAUUCAAAAGUAUGUGAUGCAGCAUUUCCAGUUAUGCAGCCAGCUGCAUCUUUUCAGUCCAACUUCUCUGCUCAGUCACUGCCUACAUUUUACACAAUGCAAGCAUUCUGCUGGAAGCAAAGUUUCACCAAGCUGAGACAACACUGAACACAUCAGUCUGACAUCACCAAUGACAUGUCACGUCUGUUAACUGAAUGCUCUGUGCAAAAACGCCUAGAUGCCCAUUACAGCAGUAAAAGCCCUUCAGUGAUUUCUCUCUCCUAUUUAAAGAAAAAAAAGUUUAACUGCAUUGUGAACAGACAUAAUCUUAUUUUAUGUCUGUUUGGUUACACAGCAGAAAAAUGAGAGAUAGGAUUGGUUUGCUUUUUCUCAAAUUUUCUGCAUAUUUAAAAGCUUGCAUACAUGGAGAUUGUCAUGCCUUUAAACAAUUUUGGAAAGCCCAGGUGCCAGGUUAGCCUCUACUUGAAGACACAUCACUGUAUUUAUUGUAUAAAUUUUGCUACUUUCCUUGAGUGACAUUAUGGAAAAAUCUAAAGGAACCAGCCAAGAUACCAGAAUUAUUGAUCAAAUAUUCAGAAGUAUAAGCAACAAGGAAAGAUCCACUCAUCAUACAGAUCUAGAAGGAUAUAGCUCCUACUUUGGGAUAUUAGCAACAACCAACUCCAAGGUGAAGAUGCUUGCUGAACCUGCUGAGAGUCUUUGUCCAGAGGCAAAUGACACCUAUACCAACACGGGUCGAAAGGUCACCUUGCAAGGCAGAGCCCAUUCCUCCAAACUCAGCAUAAACUACCAGAUUACAGCUUGAAAUUGGACUCCGAGAAAAUAACGUUAGUCUCUGAAAACAUCUUUGAUGGUCAGAUCAAAAUGCAGUUGAAGUUUUUGGCUUCGGUGAAGAUUCUAGGAAAAAGGGGGAAGCUGAGAACACUGUCCCUAAUGUGAAGCACUUCACCAAAUAAAUGGCGUCAUGAGAAAUAUAGAAGCGGUAUUUUAUUCGAUCAACAAGGAAGUUCAUGACUUUCCACAAAAGGGCCAACUGUUACAACUGUGGGGAGAGUUGAAAAGAUGUGUGUGUGAGCAAAGCGACCUGCAAACCUCACUCGGUUAAACCAGCGGCGUCAGAAGAGCAGGUGAAAUCUCCUGAGCCUUGUUGAAAAGAGAUUCAAUAUUUUAACUAAAUCCUGGAGCUUAAAAGGGAAUUUUCUAAAGACUAAAGAAAUUAAUUUGAAUAUCAGAAUUUAAGAAAAGUACCAAAAAACAUCUUAAAAUUCAAUUAACCCAAAUUCAUUGAAAUGGCAUGUCUGAAGCAUCCUAAUCUGAGCUUUUGAAAAUAGUUUCAAAGGUUUAAUCAUCUUAAUGUGUGUAAACGUAUGAAUUUAAAGGAAAUGGUCAAAGAUUCCUCAUUUAGCAAAUAAAAAUGCAUUUAACUAAUACAAAUAGUGUUUCUAAUUUUGACUGAAAUUGUCAACACUUAAGUCCGAUUAAAUGUCUGCCCUCACCAGACAGUGAGGGCAAAAAGGUUAAAUUUUUUUCAUGCUGUCUAUGCAAAUACCUUAUUUGAACUUUGGCGGAAACCGCUCUUCCGCACAAAUCUAAGCCUCUAUUUGCAAGCGUGUUAAAACAAGCAGAAGUAACAAGUUACUGGCUCUGUGGCAACAGAUCUGACAGGCCUUUCUUCUUCAAGCCAUUACAAAGCUGCCCAAGCUUUACUACCACCAUCAGUGAGCCGUCUGCCCUCGCGUUCCCCAACUAUGUCUUUCUUACACAGGGAAUUAAGUAACACUUUGCCAAAGAAAUUUUGUUACCAGUUGUUUUCCUGAAAUUUCCGAAUGACAAUCUUGCAAAUGAGUGUUCUGAACUAAACCUUAGCUGUAGAGGAUAUUAAAUUAAAAAUAAUGAAACAAAGGAAGAUUAUUGCACCAUUUAAGUCACACUACAAAGGUUAACAACUGCCUAGAGUAUUUAUUCAGCUAUUAUUUUAAUGUGCAAAUGUCUUUUGACAGUGCUAACUGAAACACAUUAGGAAAAUGUGACAGAAUGGAUUUGAAUAUGAAAUAGUCAGAAACUUUUGAUGUGUUCUUGAGCUCCAGCCUUUCGCACUUCAUGAAGCUGUUCGUACAAUGUCAAAGUUUAAUGACAGAGCCACCACCGAUCAGCUGCUGUUUUACAACACGCAGCAUAUUUAGUUUCUAACACGGCAUGCUUUUGUGUGGACUUUAAUAUGCUGUCACAUUAUAACAGUUUUCCUGGUGCUUUCUGUGCACUGUAGUCAGUAAUUCUUAUGACAUGUUUGCUCAAUAGCUAUUUUUCUAUGGAAGUGUAUGUGUGUGUGUGUGUGUGUAUAUAAAAUAAAGCUGAAUGACAAAUAACCAAAUGUC